AUGGCGGUAGAGGAGACACCCCGAUUCCCUCUGACAAAGGCGGCUUCCGCCGAAUCUAUCAUUCAUAUCCGCCUGGUGUGGGUUCGAUUCCUGUCCGUAUCAUCCGUCCUGACAGGGCCACCCCAACUUGGAAAUAUCUUCCCAAAACCAAUCCUCUUCACCCUCCUCCGGAAGAUGGCUCCGAUAAGGAAGGGAUAUAGCGACCCUCCAGACCAUGAAGGAAGGGUAGGAGGAGCUGGAAGGCGCAUCUUCAUGCAAAUCCUGGAAGGGGUUCGGAGUCCAGGACCGUAG